AUGGACACUGCUCCCGCACCACCUAGGCGUGUGUCGCGCAAGUUGCAAAUGAGACAGAAGAGCACCACUCUACUUGGUGCUGACGACAAGGUUGGAAGCGGCGAUUCGAAGAUACUCUACAACCUGCUCGAGCCCGAAGCUACCAAGGUAGCGUUUCAGGACUUGUUCACCGAAGUCCACUGGCAGCGCAUGUACCAUGCUGCUGGCGAGGUGCCACGACUAGUAUGCUGCCAAGGCGACAUCGAUGAUGCGGAUGGUAGCAUGCCUGUAUACCGACAUCCCUCAGAUCAAUCGCUCCCUCUCCUCCGCUGGAGUCCGACCGUCACCAAGAUCCGAGAGAAAGCUGAAGAAAGAGUUGGACAUAAGUUGAAUCAUGCUUUGAUACAGCUGUACCGAAGCGGGCAAGACCACAUCUCUGAGCACUCGGACAAGACACUGGACAUCCUGCAUGGUAGCAAGAUCGUCAAUGUUUCGCUCGGUGCUCAACGCACUAUGAGGCUCCGCACUAAGCGUCCCACUACCUCGCAGGAUUCAGGAUUGAUUUCUGACAAACAGAGAGUUGGCCAUGCAGCCCUCACAGCCGAUGUGCAGAUGAAACCGGAAGACGACCGCUCUCGUGUCACACAACGCAUCCCUAUGCCCCACAACAGCAUGUUCGUUAUGGGUCUGGAGACAAAUGGAUCUUGGCUGCAUGGCAUUAUGCCGGACAAGCGUCCAGCUGUAGAACACAUCCCUGCCGAGUCGGCCUAUGGCAACAUGCGCAUCUCGAUUACCUUUCGGCUUAUUGGCACCUUCCUAUCAGCCGACUCGAAACUUAUCUGGGGUCAGGGUGCUGUUGCGAAAGAAAAGUCACAAGCGAGACCAACCAUCAAUGGACACCCCGAGGAAAGUCAGAAACUUAUUAACGCGUUCGGAGUCGAGAAUCAAGUUACAGCUCCCGAAUGGAACAGCAUCUAUGGAACAGGCUUCGAUGUGCUGCACCUCAAGUCCGAGCUGCCCGAACACGAAAAGCCCAUGCUGUUUCUGUCUGGCGACGAGACUACAGAUGCUGCUGUUACAGCUCAUCUCUCCGAGCUCAACGUCGAUGUCGAGACCAUCCCACCUCCGAUGGAGCAGUUGAACGAUGGCCUUACAGAUGCAAAUGGGGACCCUUUGACCGUGACAGUGGCGCACCAACGUAUCAUAUGCUUUAGGCAAGCAGGAGGUAUGCACGUUGAGGUACAAGGCAAGAAUGCCAUCAUAAAGUUCUUGGAGGAACGUUAUAUGGCGAACAAAAGACCGCAGGUCUAA